GCAAAUGUUUUCAGCUUAAUACUGUUUAUUUCAGUAGCAUUUACAGCACUUUUGUUUUUUCUCUUUCAGUUUACAGCAAAAGCAGCUGUCAUUUUUGUUACACUUCAGUAUAAUGUUACAAUUCCUGCCACAGACGUACAAUCUGCAGAAACAAUCUCUCUCUAUCACUAUGGCAUCAAAGACUUGGCUACAAUUUUCUUUUAUAUGCUUGUAGCAAUAAUCAUACAUGCUAUAAUUCAGGAGUAUGUACUGGAUAAAAUUAACAGGAAAAUGCACUUUUCAAAAACAAAGCAUAGCAAGUUCAAUGAGUCUGGGCAACUUAGUGCAUUCUACCUUUUCUCCUGUGUUUGGGGAACAAGCAUUCUUGUCUCUGAGAACUAUAUAUCAGAUCCAACCUCUCUGUGGAGGGACUAUCCGCACACUCUGAUUCCGUUUCAAAUGAAGUUUUUCUACAUCUUACAGUUGGCAUACUGGUUUCAUGCUUUUCCAGAAUUGUACUUCCAGAAAACUAAAAAAGAAGAUAUCUUUCGCCAGAUUGUCUACAUUGGACUUUAUCUCUUUCAUAUUGCUGGAGCCUAUCUCCUGAAACUGACCCAUCUUGGACUUGUUCUUCUAGUAUUGCAUUACUUUGUUGAAUUUCUUUUCCACAUAUCCCGUCUCUUCUACUUCAGUGAUGAAAGAUACCAGAAAGGAUUUUCACUGUGGGCAGUUCUUUUUGUUUUGGCAAGGCUUCUCACCUUGAUUCUCUCAGUCCUUACUUUUGGCUUUGGACUGGCAAGAGCAGAAGAUCAGCAGCUGAAUUUCAGUACUGGAAACUUUAAUAUCCUGGCUGUUAGAAUCAGUGUGCUGGCCUCCAUCUGCAUGGCUCAAGCAUUUAUGAUGUGGAAGUUCAUUAAUUUCCAGCUUCGGAGGUGGAGAGAACAUUCUUCUUCUCAGCCUCAGUCAGUGAAAAAGAAGUUCGUAACAGCUAAAGGAAAGACCUCCAGAAAAGAAAGAGAAAAUGGAAUAAAUGGAACAGUGACCUCAAAUGGAGCAGACUCACCUCGUAGCAGGAAGGAUAAAUCCUCGUAAAACUGGGUUUUAUUAAGUUAAUUGACUAAUGUCCCCAAAGAAUCUGCUUUUUACAUGGAUGGCCCUUCAGCACUAGAGAUGUUACAGAUUAAAGAAAAUACAAUUCAUGGUUUUUGAUUAUUGCUGUUGUUUUGAGAAACUUUUUUUAAAAGCCAUUUUGACUAAGAAAAAAGGUUUAUCUGUCUUCAAAUACUUGGGGGGAGUAUACAACACUUUUUAAAUAACAUUGACACUUUUUUAAACAUUUAUUGUGAUGAAAUCACUUAAUGAGGAUCACUGUUGCAAUGUAUUAUUUCCUUCCAGUUUUUGUAAUCUUGGUGAUAUAUACUGUUCUACCAACUUUACUUUUUUCAAGUUCUUCAAGAAGUAUUGCAAAAUUGAAGCAAAAACUUAGUAUGCGUUUUCAGAUACUCUGGCUUUUCAUUUAAUUGCCUUGAUUCAAAUUUACUGUUCAGAUUGGGAUUCUGAGACCACACCAAUAAACCUCUUUAUUUUGUAGUUAUUAGCUACACAAUGUCUGCUCUAAGAAUUGCCCCAUAUCAUUAAAACAAAACUGAACUAAUUGGAAAUGUUGCAGAGUCUUAUUGUUUGUUGGUUAGAAAUCUCUUACAAGGAACAAAAAACCUUUUUGAGAUAUAGCUUUAGCACUUGAAAAUUAGAAGGGAGCGUGUAUGGUCAUAGAAAGAGUUGAUUUGAGUAGCACCGUUAACUCCCGUCUGUGCUUUUAAAGUGUACAUAUCUUGAAGAAUUAGUGUGUGUUGGACCUUCUUUGAAAACUUGUUUGUCUGACUUUUAGAGGGUGGAGGUUCUUACAGUGUGUUGUUGUGAUUGUUUUAGGAAGCAUUUAAUGUUCCAUGGAGAGGGAAUUUGUUAGAUAAAUGGAUCAAGUUAUGAGAAACAUUCCUUUAUUCUAACUGCUUUGCUUUGUUUCACCUCUGUUAGGAAAUAGUUUGAUUUCUUCUAUAUAUAUUUUUAUGAAAAAAUAUUUAAAAGCUACAAGUUCUUAAAAUUGAUUUAUUGUGCCCUUUGCUACAAGUGGAAAAUCUUCAUUUAAGAUUUUCUCUAUUAUCUGUCUUUCACAAUUGUAUUAAAUGUGAAGCUUUGUCCAGUUAAUUUUCCAGUUUAAUAUGCAGUUGCUGUUUCCUCUGUAGCCUUUUGUAAUGGGUAUAAUUCAACCCAUUUCACUUGCGAGAAUGAGUUAGAGAUUUAAUUCAGUCUUAAGAAGUUGCUAAAUUAGUCUUUCAAGUUAACCCAAGUAUUGGCCUGCUGAUUGAUUGAGAGGAGUAAUUAUGAGCAAUCAAGCUGAUAAUAACAGUUUUUAAUUAAAACGAUUUUAUUUAUAGUUGAGUUUAUACCCAACAAAAUAAUAAAUCUGUAUUCUGUAUCUUCUACAGUUCAGUUGCUUACUAUACAGAACAAACGUUCCUAGUAUCCAUUUUUCCAUCAUUUAGUGCUAGUUCGAGUUACUGCGGUAGAGUUGGCUGCAGUAUAAUUUAUUGUUUCAGAUAAUUUCCAUCACAGUUCCUGAGCACUUGCUUCACAGCUCCUGAAGUGGACUUGACAGACUCGGACUUGCUUAAGUUGAGUACUCUGGGGCAGCAUGCCCUGUAAUAUGCCCAGUCUGCUUCAGUGGAAGUAGCUAUACCAUAUCUUGAUUUGGUGAAAUAGAACUCAAGUGGUGAAACUGUGAACCUCUCUGAUCUGACCAUGAAACUGGAAAGUUGGAACUAAGAAAUUUUGAGGGAAUCGCAUACGUUCAAUACUUGCUGCACAAAAUCACGUUUCAUGUCUCUUGUUUCUAAAAAGACGACAGAUUCUGUGUGCCUUGCUCUCAAGUUGUACCUUAAGCCAAAAGGCGAUAAUUUUUAAAGUUUCUAGUGUGGUACUUGACUUUUUGUUUGCUUGUGAUAUCUUGUUGUCCAGGGGCUGUCAAAAUCAUAAAGUGUGGAAGAACAAAUUAUGAAGGGAGCAUUUAAGGUACUACUUGAGAUCUUUGAGACUUAUUUGGAGUCUGAGUGUUGUAAUAUUUGUUUCCCUAAGGCAAACUGUUUCUUGUAAACCUCAUUCUUUGGCACAGUAGUCUUGAAGUGUAAAUUUCAGGUUCACUUCCAAAAACAUCAAAUGAGUAUAUUCUUGCCUGUUAAUUCUGAUGUUGGUUUUUGGCUCCUUUUCGCUUUAUGGAUGUUCUUGGCCUUUGAACUUUGAAAAAAGCACUUUUAUUUCCACAAUGGCUUAAUCUUCAUCCUUGCCUUAUAGGAGUUGUUGCUUUCUACAGAGUGAUAGAGAAUAAUUUCAGUUGUUGAAGAAUUUGCAUAGAGUAUUGAAAGGCAGUUUCUUAUAACUAAAAACACGUAUUUAUCAUUUCAGAUGAGGCAAAAGCAGUAAUUUUUUCAUUUUCUACCUUGGGGUGGAAACACCUGUGAAUUUAGAAGAUUUUGAGUCUUCUGUUUCCAGUUUGAUAUUAGUUGCUUUGCAUGAGAUUAUUGUUUGCCUGGAUAAUUUAUUUGGAAUUGUGUAAAAUUGAUUUUCAAAUGUUACUGCAUUUUGGCUCUUUGUAAUCUGGGAUUCAGUAAACUGGAAGAAGAUUAGUUGUCUAAUCAUGUUUUCUUAAUUAUGGAAUCAGGAAAAUUAGAAAUGGAAAUGACUGAAGAGCUCGUUAUUAUAGUCCUAUGCCUAAUAAAAUAAUUUUUGCUUAGGCUGUAGUAAUUUAUCCUGAUCAGUUACCAAGGUCUCACAAAGAGAAGGUUUUGUGCAUGUAGAUGGAUUUGAAUUGGGUAAUUCAUAUAGAUGCUGGAUAGGGUUUGCUGGGUUUGUUUUUUCCCUUAAACCCCCUUCUCCCUGCCUCAUCUUGUCAGAAGUUUUCAAGACUUAAAAGAGAUUUAAAGCCUUUCCCUCUCCCUCCACCCCACAUAGAUGUUCGGUUUAUGUCUACUAUAAAAUCUACUUUAAAAACCAGUAUUUUACUAAGUAAUUAUAUGUAACUUAAAAGUACAAACAAGGAAUGCAGAGCAGCUGAAACUUAUUUUCCAAGUUUUUGCUUUUAUCUGGACACUAUCCUCUUGACGAGUUAGAAAGAUUGACUUCUCUUUUGUGAAUUACUCAUGAAUAUGGUUCUGUGGUCAUGGGAUCACCUGAAAUCAGUAUUUCCAAACUUAAGAACGAUCAAGGCAUUUGCUGUGCAGAGAACAUGCAUAAGCUAUUUCUGCUGACAUUAGAAUAUGCCAAAAGUAAAUGUAAGUAUGUUAGAAUAAUGCAUUUGGAAUUUUCCUAAUACUUUUUUUUUUUAAUUGUGUUUAUGGAGUUCUAUCACCCAGAAUUGUAAUAGGCAGUGUGGUACUUUGGUAGAAGUAAUCAGACUUCCAUUAAAAGGGUUAAUACACAUCUGCAGUCCUUUUGCUCUUUGCAGAUUUCUGACUAGCUGUACCUGAGGUGAUUUUGUUGGGGGCAAAAUUUGGUAUUUAAGGGAAGAGCACAUUUUCAUGAUCGUGCUAAACUGGAUGUAGGUUGCUGCCAAAAUUGGGGUGCUGUCUCUUACCUCGUCCAUCACAAGACUUUCUGGUUGUGUGGUGAACUAGAUGAGGGACUUGUCUGACUGAAAACUGGCUUGUUUGUUUUAGGAGCUUUUCCACUGGAUUAGUUAGUUGCUUGAUAGUAAUCCUGAAGGUACUCCAGUAUUCAUAUAUAAGAAAGAAGAAGAGAUGCAGGGAAAAGGUGAAUCAAAUUUUAAGGCAGCUAUCCCUUUGGCUGAAUUUGGCUGAAAAUUACACUAGAUUACAGUUUGAGAGAUCUUACUGAAGGGCUUCCAGUCAUCAAUACCAGAAGGGAGCUGGUCUUUCUGGUGGCUCCCACAUGCCAAACUGAUUAACUGUUAAUGGAUUUUUGGCAGAUACUGUGGGGGAAGGGGAAAUACUCAAUGUGCUUUACUAUAUUGAGAUACCUUUUAUCUGUCAUAGUGUUGGGAUUUUUGAGCAGUGCAAGAUGAUACUGGUUGUGAAGAAACUGGAAUUCUGAAAAUAUAGUUUUUCUUGGAUCAAAAAA